ACUGCCGCCCUCGAAAAUGACUUGGAAGCUUUUCGAGAAAAUUGGCGACAUGACAUACUGGAACAUCGCGAGCAUGGCCACGACAGUAAGAAUAGCAAAGGCAAAGCAAAAAGGGAGGCACAUCCGGAUGCAGGGCAUCUCGAAGAGUCUUGUCAUGCGAGUGUCACUGGAGACUUAGAGCCUGAGAGACAUGAAGAAGUAAAUUGGAUGAGCGCGUCAGAUCGUCUGAGAGCACCUAGGCCCCGUACAUCAUCGGGCCAAGCAGAACUUGCACUUCAGCUGUACGUAGAUGCUAUAGAGAACGAACGGAUAGGGAAGCUAAAUGACGCAUUCCUGCUCUAUCGGCGUGCAUUCGAUUUGAAUUCAGAUGUUGAUAGGCUGUAUUGGGCCGCCGCGAAAGGUAAGGGUACGCUAGAGCUACCUGACCCGAACACAUCAGAGGCACAUGAAAGCGCACAGCGUCAAGGCGUGGAUCUGGGAGCAGUCGCUGCGCUUGGUUGGGAUGGCCAUGACGAACAACAUGAAAAUAGUACACAAGCGCGGGCGCGCAAAGAGUCACAGGCUCAUUCACUGACCCAAACCCGCGGCCAUGUAAACAGCCACGAUUCUGUCGAUGAAGGCGAAUCCACUGUCACUAGUAUCACAUUGGCUACCGAAGAUCUCGCACUGAGCGACAAACAGCGCCGGGAGGUGGACGGCGGCGUAGUUACUCAGGGCCAGCCAUCAUCUUCGCAGACAAUACAAGCGGACCAAAAGGAUACUACUGUAAAAGCCGCCCGGCUUGCUAACGGCGAAACCACAGGGGAGAUAGUAGAAGCUUCGGCUGAUGAGAGUACGAGUACGAGUAUGCCCUUAUUCAGUCGUAUCCAAGCACGCCAUCCGGAAAUACGGCCUUCGUGGGCAUCACUUCCUGACGAUCACUUCGAGCCUUCAGACGAUGGACUUGAUUCGCCCACUCAGAAUACGACCAAUGAUCUUGAACGUACGCUUGAGCACGAGCGCAGAAGUGAUGUGCCCAUAAAAGGUGACACAGAAAUCAACGCACACGUGCAGGAUGAUGAUAAAAAGCAAGGGAAGGGCUCUGGAGAUAGCGUGGCCAGUGUCAGUGGUAUUAAUGGCGCUAAGGAGGAAACUACGCUAGUAGUGCGUGAGACGAGGACAAGAAUCACUUACACAACGCAUGAUAUGGAUCAGAUACAUUUCUCGGCGCUACCAUCAGAGAUCAUUGCUAAGAUUGUGGGUCACAUAGCCAUACCAGAUCUGGAUAUGGCAAGUAUCGAACAACUAGGAAGCACGUGCCGUUACAUGUAUCUCAAAGCUCGAGACCCUGCUCUUUGGAUGAAAGUGUGCGAGAGGGUGUGGAACGAAUUUCCCCGCCCACCUGAAACGAAAGGUAUUGAAGCAGCUGAAUUCUGGCGACAGAUGUACAUCAACCGACCUCGCCCUAGGCUGGAUGGAGUAUAUGUCAGUAAAGAGUCCUAUAUACGGGCGGGUGAGCGUGAUAUGUCCAAUUUCUACGCACCAGUUCACAUCAUUGAGCACUAUCGGUAUAUCCGGUUUUCGUCGGACGGCAAGGUGCUGACGGCCACUACGCCUACGGAUCCCAUGCACUUCAUCCAUAAACUGGGUGGUGGUAGGCAAUGGGCAAACAAUGAUGAGAACGGCGUGGUUGUGGGUACCUACGUGCUUAACAAUGACGGAACCAUCAGGUGCCAGGUUGUCAGAGAAACUGAGGAUAGCAAGAAAGCUGUGGGCAGAAGUAAACGCUCCCGGCGCAAGAGAGACCAGCUCCCGGAUGUCAAUACCGAGUACGGGCGACAGCAUCUGGAUAUGCUGUUCAGCUUGGCUAACGCUAAUAUGCGGCUAAAUAGCAGAUUGAAGUGGGUUGACUAUACUAUCUGGAUGGAGACAGCGGGCAACCCCAUUGCCAGUUCGUUCGACAUCAGUCAGCUAAAAAACUUUCAUUUUGUGCGAGUGAAAAAGUUUGGUUCGCGAACGAAGUAGUAUUGAAGGUGGCAAAGAUUUCUAAGUGUGGAAGACUUUGGCAUUGCCAAUUGCCGAUUGAGAUGUAGUUCAGGGGUACUGCUCUUUUGCUGUAAACGCGUAUGCGUUAGCUUGCGGAUUAUAGCUAUUCAAGAUUUGAAGAGAUGCCG